AUGUCGAAAGGCGUCCCAAUUGCACAGCGGCCAGAUCUAAAGGACGCGAGUCUGUCGGCACGGCUGGACGCGGUCUUCGGCUCGCUCGGGCCUGCGUCAGGUGCCAGCGGAUGGUCCCUGCGCCAAGAUAUCCAGCCGUUUCGGGCGGGCGGCGGCAUUGAAGACUACAACUACAGCAGCGACGAGGAGGAUCCCAACGAGGGUUUGAAGCCUCUGAUGCCUAGUCGGCUGGUGGACUCAGACGAUGAUGAUGACGAUGUCGCCGGCACAGCGCGCGAACACUUUCCACCGCUUGAGCGCGCCGACCCAGAUGCAGACGCCGAGGAAGCCGGCUUUGGACAUGAACAGAACGAAGCACGGGCAGCUAGGGAGCGUGAGCGGAUGCGAGCAACGUUGUCGUCCCGUCGCGCCUUUGAGGCUGAGGCUGAGGAGGACGAAUUUGACCGAGUGGCUACGGGCACGAUGGAUCCCCGCAAUCGCCUCAGGGAUGCAAGGCCACCUGGCUUUACGGAGGUACCUUUGGAUAGUGCAUGGGAGCGAAUGCACGGCCGUCUGCAGCAGCAGCAGCAGCAGCGACAACAGGGGGAACUCGACGGCGCAUCAUUUCAAGAGGCUGGGACGGGCGACGGCGGCGGCGACGCAGCCGUCACAGCCGCUGAUGCUGCUGCAGGGGAGCCCACCGCCAUGAACAUCAGUCCAGGCUUGGCCGGCGACGGCGACGCCGUGUCCAGGAAACGCUCUCGAACCAUCGACGUCGCUCUAACCCAAGCCGGGUCAACGCAACCAGAGCACCAGCAGCACCAGCAACAACCCCUAGGGGCUAUUGUGGCCUCUGGUGAUGUGGAGAUGGUGCCCGCGGUGGCAGAGGGCGGCGGAGCGGAUCCGGGGGGCGCUCCAGGGGAUGUACGGGUCCGAGUAGUGACCGGCGACCGCUUUGCAGGGGUCAUGAUGUCUGAAUCGCUAGGGAUUCAGUCGGACGGGGCACCGUCAGGUGCAGCCGACUUCAUCACCGGUGCCGCCGCGGCGGAGGCCCCGCCGCAGCAGUCUCAGCCCCGGCAGCGCGGCGGCCGGCGAGUGCAUUGGGCGGACUUCGCCGCGUCCACCCCCUCGCGGUAUGUGAGUGUCGAUUGCGGGGUGAACCUGGGGACAACCGGGGGUUUGCGGUGCGAGGCGCUGGCGCAGGCGCGGCGGGCCGUCGAGGCUUCCUCCGCAUCCGACCUAGCGACUCACGACCCGGAGCGCGCCGAAACCACUUUCGGCAGCGGCAUCACCUUCCGGCCGCGCGCGGCGCGGCAGCAGCAGCAGCAGCAGCAACAACAACAACAGCAACAGCAAGCGACGGAUCGGCCUCCGCAACGGCGACUUGGCGAUACUGGCGGCGGCAACGUGACAGUUUCUGGUGCUAACCACGCGCCGGGAGCUGCUGCAAGACGUUUGGGAGCCGCCUUUGUCUCAGCGGGUGAUGGAGGGGAGGAGCAGCUAGGGGAUGUUGGAGAGGGCGGUGUUGGCGCAGGGCGGGGGGGGGCAGGUGCAGUGCAGGGAGGUGGCGGCGGUGGCGGCGGCACGAUGCGGGGCGGUGGACGGCGGCAUUUCCGGGCGCGUCCGACGCGUGCCGAUGAGGAUGGCGAGGGAGCGGCAGUUGGCGGCGACGGCAACGACGCCGCCGCUGCUGUCCCCGAUGGCGAUGUGAUGCAGCAGGACUGAGCCGUAACCCCUUUCCACGCGUCUUGCCGUGCGCGGUAGGCGGCUCGGCUCAUUCCUGUGUUGAAAAAAAACUGUGCAAUGUAGUGAUUGACGGUUGUGAAGGGGUUGUAUUUACAAUUCACUUGUCGUGCAGUUGUACGGGCGCUCUCUGUUUAUGUAAGCGAACUUUUGCGGAACUUGUAACUUGUCAGCGAACUAAUUGUUGGUCGCGUUCAGGAUGUGGACCCGGGACGUGUCCAGCAUGUCUUCAUUUAAUGGAAACGUCUGUGUAGAUAAUACAACGCACACCUCUGUAUUGAGGUGUGCGUUAGUUGUUUUUUUCUCUCAAGAGGCCAUGUGGACAAAUGGCGAAGCCGUUGUCGGUUUCAAUUGUUCUUGACUUUUAAAGACUUGGGGUCGCGAAGACGGACUUUUCAUGAUGUGGGCCCUUGCCUUGCCCCAAACUUUCACCCCCCCCAAAAGCCCUCAAAACUCUUUUGAGGUGUGUGCCUUUCGCUUGGAAAGGAUUGCAGGCCUGUGGCUGGAAAAGCGUGGCAGAGCGUAGGUGCCGCGCUUUUCAUCCACUGCGAUGAGUUUACCGUUAUUUUCUCCUUGACGCCGCGUGCAAAGCAUGCAUCGCACUUUGCAUUUUUAUGAUAAAGAGGUAGGUCAUUCUUAGACCUCAACGCCGUUGUACUGCAGCGAUGACAAGACAUGUUUUCGUAAAAGAAUUUUCUGUC